CCAUAAUGCUAUACUUUGUUGAUAAUUUUCAAGAAAUAGAAGAAAUGCGUUUCAGAGAGAAUUCUUGGAUUUAAAUAUCUUAGGAAUGUACCUUUCACUAUCGUUGUGAAAUAAUGUAUGCAUUUAGUAGUUUUUGCAAUCAAAAUUGUUUCGAAAAGCAGAUAACAAAGUAAGAAAAGCAGUGAGGAAAAACGCCAGGUAAUGUGAGCUAAAAACUGCAGUGUUACUGAAGAUGGCAGAGUAUGAGACUCAGUACCAGGCUCUGUCUGUGUACGAUGAAGAUGACACAGGUGAUGACACAGACAACCAUACGGAGGCAGAUCUCAUGAUACAUAUGGUGCCCGACUCUAACAAAGCUCGCUGGAACCACAUAGAAAACCUAGAUGAGUUUUUCACAAGAGUUUACCAGUAUCAUCAGCGACAGGGCUUCCUAUGUAUGGUCUUGGAAGACUCUUUGCAGCUGAUUCAGUUUGUGUUUGUGGUGGUAUUCUCCAGUUUCCUGUGGAAAUGUGUUGACUAUGGAAAACUGUUUGCCAGCGAUCACAAGGUCACGAUACACGAGGCCGUCAACCACCAGUGCCUGCAAAGGUUUGAUGCCCCGAUCAUUCUCUGCCUCCUCGUAGCUGGAGCAUUCUGGCUGUUCCGUGUUAUCAAAGUCUUGUAUAAUAUUUUCCUCUACUAUGAGAUCCGCUCUUUCUACUUGACGGCGCUGAAAAUCUCGCCCGAGGACCUCACGAAUAUGACCUGGCACGAGGUUCAGACGAGAUUGCUUGACGUUCAGAAGGUUCAACAGAUGUGUAUUCACAAAUCUGAUCUCACCCAGCUAGAUAUCUACCACCGCAUAUUGAGAUUUAAAAAUUAUACCCUAGCCAUGGUGAACAAAGAUGUGCUUCCGUUAAAGAUUCAGCUGCCGUUGGUCGGAGAUUAUGUAUUUCUAAGCACAGGCCUGAAGUACAAUGUAGAAUUUCUUCUAUUCUGGGGUCCAUGGUCAGCAUUUGAGAACAAAUGGCAUUUAAGAGAUGAGUAUAAGGACAACAGCUUACAUAGACGUAAACAGCUGGCAGAAAAAUUAUCCCAGCGUAUACUGUGGCUAGGGCUUGCUAACCUGGCCCUAUCUCCUGUCAUAUUCCUGUGGCAGAUUCUAUACUCAUUCUUCAGAUAUGCAGAGUUGGUGAAAAGACAGCCAUCAUUUCUAGGAUCGAGACGAUGGUCCAACUAUGGGAGGCAAUAUAUACGUCACUUUAACGAGCUAGACCAUGAAUUUAAUGCAAGGUUAAACCGAGGGUACAAGGCAGCUGACAUGUACCUUAGUAUAUUCACAUCCCCACUGAUGUCUAUUAUAGCAAAGAACAUAGCAUUUUUUGCUGGUUCGGUGUUAGCUGUGUUGGUGGUUCUUACUGUGAUAGACGAGGAUGUUCUUAAUGUGGAGCACGUUCUAACCAUUAUGACAGUGGCUGGGGUCAUCGUUACCGCGUGCAAGGUGUUCAUUCCAGAUGAGCAUGCAGUCUACUGCCCGGAGGUGCUGAUGCGGAAUGUUUUGGCUCAGAUCCAUUACAUGCCUGACCACUGGGCUGGAAAUGCCCACACCACCAGAGUAAGGGGGGAAUUCUCCCUGCUGUUCCAGUUUAAAGCUAUAUAUUUGCUGGAGGAGUUGUUAAGUCCACUGACCACGCCACUGAUGUUGAUUUUCAAGUUCAGACAGCGUGCCAGUGAGAUUGUGGACUUUUUCCACAACUUUACCGUGGAGGUCGUUGGUGUGGGUGAUGUGUGCUCAUUUGCACAGAUGGAUGUUCGUAAACAUGGCAAUCCGCAGUGGAGCGAGUGUGAGACGGAGGCAAGCCAAACAGAACAGGGAGAGGAUGGCAAGACAGAAAUGUCCCUCAUGCACUUCCAUUUGACUAAUCCUGAGUGGAAGCCCCCAGACAACUGUAGUAUGUUCCUCAACCAGAUGCGAGAUCAGGUUCAACGAGACGUAGGGCCCCUUGCCUCCCUGCAGGCCCCUGAUAUGACAGGAAUUCUGGGGCCGUUCUCCAGUAUGAACCCUAGUGCAGCUACUGGGGUGGGACUAGGGUAUGCCAGCCUGGUAUCCAGUAUUACAGGACAUAGUACCAUGUUGUCACCCUCAAUGUCUGCUCCAUUUGCUUCUGGUAUAGCGCCUAAACUGCGAGGGGCCGUCUCCCAGACAGAGGGCCCCAUGAUGAGCUCAAUGGGGCCAGGAACCAGUUUCUACAGCCCCUCAGCAUCCCUAACCCAACCCCACCCCUCCUUGGGAGUCCAAUCCCCGAGCUCCCUGAACCACCCGACAUCCAUCUCCCAGCGCCAUUACGACGAGGGACAGAUUGAGUUAAUGUCGACGGAGAUGAGCUUCAGCGCAUUGUAUAUGCAUGAUCUACGUACGCGGCGAAAUCGAGGUUAUCCGUAUGAAAAUAUGGACGAUAUUCGGACACGAUCGCUAUGGCAACGGCAUGACCCCGCCCAAGCUACGCCCUCUUCAGGGGGAACAACUCCGAUGCCAGAAAUUGUAGAAAAACCGCAGGAAGAAGACACUGGCGCCCAAGAACAGGAACUGUGAAAAAUAACCUGCAAGAGUUUAGGCCUAUAUGAACAUUUUAUUAAAAAACGUUUAUUGAAUUGUUAUGAUAUGCUAGAAUUAAACCAUUUCUAGUAUAAGGCAUGAUCUAUCACGCUCAAAGAGGCGUUCUUUUGAGGAGUGAGUGCUGGUGGAAGGGUUUUGUGUAGAGUUGUUGCAGAUAUUCAGAUGGAUUUUACUUUUGUGCAUUGUAGGCACCAGAUGUGAGAGUUCUUGUAAUCUGAUUGCAUAAAGUAAGAUACAGUUGUACAGUGUACCAGUAAACUAUAGGAUAAUGGAUUUUCAGUUCAAAUGGAUGCUUGUUUUGUAUUAAAAAUAUAUUCUCAGGUGUUGUAUGCAAUGUAGCUAUUUGGAUAGGCUUAUAGCAUGUUAUUCAAGUUGUGAAAUUUAUGGUUGUAGCAAUAUUAAUUAUUAAUGUAGCUUUUGUAAAGCACCAAAUUAAGGUUCCAUUAUUUACUGUUUAAUUUAAUUCUUGUAACUUAUAAUUCUAUGCAUUUAUGUUAUCGGAAUGAAUUACCGUGUUUAUUUUCUGUUAUGUAUUUCUCACCAGAAAGUUUAGUGGUGAUGUUUGUGUAUCUUAUAAUGCAGUUAACUUGUUUGUUUUGUUCAUAUGAAUUUUUCCAUGACCCAAAUUUACUUACCCAAACAAUUCCAUGACAUUGACUCAUCUAACCACUCCCUGCCAUCUUUUCACAGUUAGUGAUAAGACAGAAAUUGAACCCCCCCCCCCCCCCUUCUUUCAAAAUAACCCCUCUCCCUCUGAUCCUUCUUUUUAAAGUUAGUACUUACAUGUAUACCAAACUCAACCCCCUAUCCCCUUCUUUUCGAAGUCAGUUAUUAUACCAAACCUGAAUUCCGCCCCCUCCCCUUUUCAAAGUAUUUUUGCUUUGUUAGCGUAUUAUAGUUUUGUUGUACCAGACUGUUGUUGGUAGAUGCAUAAGAACGGAUAUUAUAACUAUGUGCUAGGAAAUCUUUGUAACUAAUUAAUAGUUGAUAAAUCCCAUAAACAAUGGGUAAUUGUCAAUUGAAUUGAAAAGUAGAAAGCAACUGUUCAUACACAACAGAAAAUAUUGCAAUGCAGGUUCAUAUUGCAAAAGGCAUUACUAAUGCAAUUGUAACAGAACUGUUUUCACAGAUUUAAAUACAUUUAAAGAUUAACAUCACCAAAAAGAAAUCUAGACAAGUCCUUUUGUGUUUUAGGACCUAAUGCAAGGAACUGAAACUAUGAAUGGGCUGUAGGAGAUUAAAUUGACCAAACUUUUGAACUGUUCUAAUUGCAAAGCUAUCCUGUCACUAGCCUGAAGGUCAAGAUCUUGAUUGAAAGUCACAGCGUAUGAUAUAUCUGCACUUCAUAGAUUUUAAAACUCACUCUGGCUUUUGAUGGUUUUAAAAUAACACUGAAAAUGGACUGAAAAUUCUUGUGAAGAUGUAUUUCAAGUAGAUCUUUCAUUGACAGAUCUUUGAAAAAUUUAUUAUUGCAAAGCUACCUGGUAUCAGUAACUUCUGUGAUAAUUGAUACAAAAUGGCAUGGCCCCAAUUUCUCAACUGUCUUCUAUCUCUCAUAACAGGAUCAAGCCUAAGCAACUCCAUAUAAAGAGAUUUGGGACUUAUAAAGGAAAUUAUUUGAAUGACAAUCACAAUGAACUAUUUUUGGGGAUUGUUAAAACAAGUUUAUGCAAAUUAUUUGGCUACCGGUAAAUGAAAUAUGAUAUUCAAACCUGUUCAGCUUAAUAAAUUUCAAUAUGGAGCAUGAAGUUUAUUUCUUGAAGGCGUUUAAAAGUUCGAGAAAACUUGAUUGAUUUUACAAAUACGAAAUUAAUAUUAGAAUCUGGAUGGCUUGCACAGUGUCACAAUAAUUAUACAGAUAUAAAGUUCCUAAUGCACAGUUAUAAAUUAUGUCAGUGUACAUGUGUUUAGUUGGUGUUUUGUUGAUAUGUAUACUAGUCUUUCAUUAUUUUACCAUGUAAAUAGUUUUUAAACAAGAGUGCUGGUGUAAAUACUUAAAAAAUUACAUACCUGUAUAUAAAACCUUAUAACAACUUGUAUGUAGUAACAAUUGCCAUAUGUGAUUGCAUGUUUGAAUGUAUUUUUUUGUGUUUUGCACAUUAAAUGUUAAAGAUU